CAUACCAUUUAACAUUUUCUUGUCAAGGAAAAAAAAAUCAAAAACUAGAUAGACAUGAAUUCUUCUAGCCAAACCACUGGAAGACGCACAACAAUAUCCGGGACAGAAGACGAUUCCUCUUGCUGCAUCAUACAAAAUGAGAACCCUAUAUAUUCCCCCAAACGUCUGAAGAAAUCAGCCGGUGGUCAAUCUUGUUGCAUUUUCAGAGUCCCUCACACUCUCUUCCAAGCCAAUGAAACAGCCUACAAACCGAAGAUUGUCUCAAUCGGUCCUUACCACCAUUGUGAUGGUGAAGUUGAUAAAGAUCAUCUUCAGAUGAUCCAGGAGCACAAACAAAGAUAUCUUGCUUUCUUUUUGUCCAAGACAAAUCAAAAGGAUGUGCAUAUGACGCAUUUACGGGAAGCAGUAUCCGUGAUGGAAGAGAGGAUCAGAGGUUCAUACUCCGAGGAUCUAAAGUUUGAUCGAGAAAAGCUGAUUGAUAUGAUGGUUCUUGACGGUUGCUUCAUCCUCACGUUGCUCAUUGUAGUUUCAAAGAAGAGUACUUGGCGAAUAAAUUACCCUAUUUUCACGUUGAGGUGGAUUCUACCAACCGUUAGAAGUGAUCUACUCCUCCUUGAAAAUCAGGUUCCAUUUUUUGUUCUUCAAGAUAUCCUUAAGACGUCAAGGUUAUUUCCUUCAUCUAACCUAAACGAGAUGAUCUUUGCAUUCUUUAGCUACUCAAUAAGAAGGCCAAAAGAAUUUUGGGAAGAAAGAAAGAAUCUUGAUGCAAGCCAUCUUUUAGAUCUCAUCCGCAAAACUUUUAUACCUAAUCAAACGCAGCAAACAGAAGAAGAAAUAUACAACAAUAUAUUUUGUUGUUCAAGUGAAAACACAUGUUUCAGUAUAUUGAGUCGUCAUACCAAAAAGAAUGUUCAAGCGGAGAUACCAAGUCUGAUUGGCUCAGCUAAAAAACUUCAGCUCCGAGGACUACAAUUUAAGCAAAAAGGAAAAUUUGAGACACCUCUUGACAUAACUUUAAAGAGCGGUGUUCUUGAAAUACCAAAACUAACAUUUGAUGACUUUUUCACCUCUCUUUUGAUCAACUGUGUGGCCUUUGAGCAGUUUAGUAUGAGAUGCUCAACCGAAAUGACAAGCUAUGUUACUUUCAUGGGAUGCCUCAUAAACACUGAAGAGGAUGCAACGUUCUUAAGCGAGAAAGGGAUCAUAGAGAACUACUUUGGGACUGGAGAACAAGUAUCUUUGUUCUUCAAGAACACUGGCAAAAACGUUGCGUUUUCCAUAUCAAAGAGUUUUUUGUCAAAUGUGUUCGAGGGGGUGAACGAGCACACUUCACAAGGAUGCCACGUACAAUGGGCAGGAUUCAAGUACACAUAUUUCAAAAGUCCGUGGGCAUGUCUAUCAUCUUGUGCUGCUUUGAUACUUCUUGCGCUUACCAUGUUCCAAGCUUUCUUCACAGCCUAUCCUUAUUUUCGUCCUCCCAAGUAAAAAGAGGACUUAAGGGAUUAUAUGGCUAGCUCUCGCUAGUGUCGCAGCUUGGGCUUCUUGUCCAAAAACUUACAUUUACAUUUUUCUUGUCGCUGUUUUCUAUUACCAACUAUGUAAUAAUGCAAACUUGAUUUCACUUCUUGACGUAACUUCUGUGGGAUCGCAACAUCAUACCCAAAAAACUUAACAUAUUUUUGUUCACAGUGCCAUUCCUCAUAUGUUUUUUUCCAUAAUUUCACUUUCACCAUUAUCACCAAUUAAAGUUUUAUGAAAUCGAAUGUCGAGAUAAUAGGGUUUAUUAAUGCGAUAUAAUCGAAAAUUCUGGUGAGUUAGAAGAAUUCAAAAUUUCUUAUUAAACGUUCCAUCGGAUUUUAAUGAUUUAAGGAACAAUAAUCUGGAUUUUCUAUAAAAUUGGAGUGAAAGAGAAAGGAUAAUAAGGUGCGGAGAAAGAUAUAUAUACAAAUGGUGAAAUAAUAACUUUUAGUCAUUUGCAAUAUACUUUCAGUUUACAUAUAAUACUAAACUAGAUUUUGACCCGUGCUUUUAAAGCGUGGGAAUGUCUUUUAUUGAUAAUUUAUUAACCCAUUUUUUGUAUACUAAUAUAUUUAGACAUUGACGUUCUAUUUUCAGUUCAAUUCCAGUUUUUUUUUUGUUUUGGUUUAGUUGUGGUUUUUGAUUUUUCAGUCUAAAAAUAUAAGAACCAUUUGAUUACUUAUAAAUUUUGGUUUAGUUCAGUUUGGCUAUUUUAUCUUUUUUUGCUUGGUAACCUGGUAAAAGUUUUGAUAGAAUAUCGAAUAUUUUAGAUAAUAUUUUAAAAAGGUAAAUAUAAUGAUGGAAUUAUGAUUAAUAAAAUAUUAAGUUUGCACAAAUAUGUUGAUAUUUCAGGUGCAUGGUAUCAUCUAUAUUGUUAUUUGCGAAGUAAUUUUUCGCAACUGAGCUCUCACAUUAAAACUUAAAGCAGUUAAUAUUGUUUAUACUUUUAAUGAAUAUAUAUAUAUAUAUAUAAUUAAAACGAAUUUCAUGUUAAUAAUAUUAUAUUUUAUGUUAUAUUAGAUAACUGUAAAUUAAUAAGAGAAAAUUGUCAAAAUAAAAACAUAUAUUUUAAUAAAAAUAAGAUAAUUCUAUAUAUAUUGUGUUGCUAUCUGGAAAUAAUAUUUUCUACUAUAAAAGUUAAAAAAGUAAGUAAUUUUUCGCAACGGAGCUCUCACGUUAAAAGUUAAAGCGGUUAAUAUCGUUUAUACCCUUAAUGAAUCUAUACUAUUAUUUGCGAAGUAAUUUUUCGCAACGGAACUCUCACGUUAAAAGUUAAAGCGGUUAAUAUCGUUUAUACUCUUAAUGAAUACUAUACUAUUAUUUGCUAAGUAAUUUUUUGCAACUGAGCUCUCACGUUAAAAGUUAAAGUGGUUAAUAUCGUUUAUACACUUAAUGAAUAUAUAUAUAUAUAAUUAAAACAAAUUUCAUGUUAAUAAUAUUAUAUUUUAUAUGUUAUAUUAGAUAACUGUAAAUUAAUAUGAUAAAAUUGUCAAAAUGAAAACAUAUAUUUUUAAUAAAAAUAAGAUAAUUCUUAUAUAUAUUGUGUUGCUAUCUCAAAAUAAUAUUUUCUACUAUAAUAGUUAAAAAAAAUUAAGAUAUAAUCCAAUUUAAAAUUUAAUAUUAAUCAAAGCAAAACAAUUUCUAAUGAAAAAUUGUUAAAAUAAAAACAUAUUAAAAAACUAAGAUAAUUCUUAUAUAUUGUGUUAUUAUCUAGAAAUAAUAUUUUUCUACUAUAAAAUUUUAAAAUUAAGAUUAUGUCCGCAUGUACGGGUAAAACACAUAGUAUUAUAUAAAAAAGAAUCAAACAUGUUUUAUAGUAAGUUUUUUUAAUGUUAUAUAGGGAUUCAUAAAAUAAAAUAUAAAUAUUUAGAAGACUAAAUGUCAAAGUAUGAUAAUUUUUUUAAAAAUAUUUUAUAUAAAUACAUGUAGUAAAUAACAAAAAUAAGCUAUUUUAUAGGAUGGUCCAAUGUAAGCAUCUUAGGUAGUAAAUAAAAAGGUGUUUUAUUUAAGUUGCGGACAAAAUACAUGUAGGAUGAUCCAAUGCAAGCAUCAUACAUAGUAAAUAAAAAAUUAAAUGGUUUUGGCGUAGUGGUAAGGGGAUUCAUAGCUGGAGUUUUCUCUCUGGGUUUGAUUUCUUUGGCUACCCAUGGCAAAAAAAUCCGGAUUUCUAUGUGCCUCUUAGUGCUUAGUCUUUGGGCCUAGAAAAUUUUUGGGAUCACACCAAAGUUAUCAAAAAAAAAAGUAAAUAAAAAGUUGUUUUAUUUAAUUUUCAAAUAAACUUGAAUAAUUGUUAUAUAGUUAGUUAUGUCUCAAAUCCAAACUCUAAUGAAUCAUAUGAAUCUUUAAUUCCUGAAAACAUAAAAUCUUGUUCGAUUUCUUCGCAGUAUUGAAGAAAAACCAUAAAAUCAUAUUAUUAACCAUUGUUAAAUCAACCGCAAUGUACACAUGUGAUAACAAUGUCUCUUUAAAUCUGGGACCACUCCAAAACCAUUUAAACCAUAUAUGAAAACCAAUUAAAUCUCCUAUAUCCUUAUAGAUCUUUGUUUUGCAAAAUCAAGUUCCUUGAUAUAAUGUUUUUUGUGUCCCUGUUUGGAUUCUCCUGCAACCAAAGAAACAAAAGACUGUUUGGAUUCUCCUGCAACCAAAGAAACAAAAGACUGACAUGAACUACUUUGGCAUCUUAUCCUGAUAUAAUCACAACCUCCUGCAAAAUUAAAAACCCAAACACUUCUUAGGUAUGAGCAUUGAUAAAUCUCAAAACAUGUGAACCCAUUUGCACCAUUUUCUUGGCCAAAAGAGAUGACUUGGAAUAGCUUAAUACAAUUCUACCUCCAUUACAAUAAUCAUCUGUCCAUACUCCAUACACUGAUAUACCAGAGUAUAUAACAGAGAUUGACGUGACCCUGAAAC